AUGCAGAAGAGAAAGUCUUCAGAGGACAAAGAUGGAUCCAAAGUAACUAAACAGGAGCCCUCAAGAUCGUCUGCCAGAUUGUCCAUAAGACCUGCUCCAUCGAAACCUGAACCUAAACCAAGAAAAACAUCUACUAAGAAAGAACCUAGAGCCGAGGUUAACAGAGGUGCUAAAGGGCAGAAGGAAGAAAAGGAGGAAGCUGGAAAGGAAGGUACUACACGCUCUGAAAACGUUGAAACUAGAGCUGAAGAGGCACUGAAAAUAUCUGUAGAUAACAAGGGUGAAUGA